AAAGCUAGCUAGUUACAUUAAUUCUUGUAUCCAACACGUACGUACAAUGGCUGCUAAUGAUAUGAGAUCAGUUGCAACUCUCCUUAUGUUCCUCAAUAUCUCCAUGUACGUCGUGCUUCUAGGCCUUGGUGGUUGGGCCAUGAACCGAGCCAUCGAUCAUGGUUUCAUCAUUGGUCAAGGGUUCGAUUUGCCUGCUCAUUUCUCGCCUAUAUACUUCCCAAUUGGAAACGCAGCCACUGGUUUCUUUGUGACGUUUUCAUUAAUUGCUGGUGUUGUUGGUGUUGCAUCCUCCAUUGCUGGCUUUGACUAUAUUCGUUCUUGGAAUCCUGAUUCUCGACCUGCAGCAACUUCUGCUGCCGUUAUUGCAUGGGGACUUACUCUGCUUUCCAUGGGGUUUGCAUGGAAGGAAAUCGAGCUUGAAGGCAGAAAUGCGACACUGAGAACAAUGGAGGCAUUCUCGAUUAUCCUCUCCGUUACUCAAUUCCUAUAUACAAUUGUUCUUUACGGAUGAUGAUCAAGGCAAUUAUAUCCAUGAGUUUGAAUCAUAUACAUGUGUUGCAGAGUAUUCAUGUUUAAAGUCACAUUUUCUUAUUAAUUUCUUUCAUAUUUUUUGUGAUUAUAUAUGAUUGAUUGUAUUUAUAAGAUUCUAAAUAGAAUUCGGUUGAAGAUAAA